AAGUGGAUGGAUUCCAUAUCCGGGUGACUCAAUGUUUACAAGCCGGAUGGUGGACGGCUAACACCGAGAGUCGAGUGAGAAGAGCACUUACAUCGUAUAGCACGACGACUUCGAUGCGGUGUCGCUGCACAUGGCAUCUCAGAUCCCAAUAACCGUCAGGGCUCAGCCGGCAGCCGCCGGCUCUGCCGCCCUCCGGGGGAAGAAACGUCCCGGUAGUCCGGCAGUCUCAGCCUCUCAGCAGGUUACAGGGAGCAGCAGCAGCAAGAAGAAGAAGGCACCGCUGACAGCGACACCGACAGCACAGACACAAGUGAGUAUAACAGCAGUAGAGACGGUGGCAGAGGUGAAGGCAGUGGGAUCAGUAGACUGCGGUCCAACCGCCACCACAGAGACCACAGCAAAGCCUCCACCAUUCAAAGACCCCACAUUUAUGCAUUCUGGGAUUGGUGGAGCAGCAGCGGGCAAAAAGAACCGGACCUGGAAGAAUCUCAAACAGAUUCUGGCUUUGGAGCGGACUUUACCUUGGAAGCUCAAUGAUCCCAACUACUACAACAUUGAUGCCCCUCCCUCCUUAAAGCCAGCCAAGAAAUACUCGGACAUCUCUGGACUCCCGGCAAACUACACAGACCCUCAGACAAAGCUACGCUUCACAUCUUCCGAGGAGUUCUCCUACAUCCGCCUCCUCCCCACUGAUGUUGUCACGGGCUACCUUGCCCUUCGAAAGGCAACCUGCAUCGUACCCUGACAGCAGAGCCUGGCCGGAAACCUGAAACAGGUUCAAACCAGAACUGAUCUCAUGUCAGUGUAGGAAGCUGUUGGGGAGGCCAGGAGACUGAGAGCUCACAGAGAGGCCACACAUAUGUGAACACCACUGAAAAGAUUGUUGCUCACAGGCUGACCACUGAAAAACUGCUGUUAUUAAGAAGGCAGUCUGAGUCCUAAUUGUUACUGUUUGACUAAAUAAAUGGAACAAAUGUGAUUUUUUUUUUUUUUUUCCAUUUAGAAAAAACAAGAAAACUUCGAGCGAUUCCUUUAUUGCUCUGUUUUUGUGAUAUGUUUCUAUCAGACAGUGUUGUGAAUAGCUGGAAGUCAAUUGGACAAAUGGACAAUAAAUUGGACAAAACAAGUUUUAUUUCUUAAAGAGACGGAAACUUAAUUCUUAGUUUUUAAGUUAAUUGAAAAGACGGCAAUAGGCAAUUCUUUUGCUUCUUUUUUAAAAUAUAUUUCCCAUUGUCCUGCAUGCGAUUUUCACAUUAAGUGUUCCCAAAACCUUCAAGCAAGUUUGACACCUUUGAAGUCAUUGCGUAACAGGCCCUUGUUUCUCAAGUACUGAAUAUAAGCAUUACUGGCUCGGAUGCUGGAUGCCACCUUGUGGUAGAACAUCUGUUUCCAGUGGCGUGAGUGUCUUUUCUCAUCUGCACAAACAAUGUGGAUACCAAUCAGUGGAAAUUCAAUCUAAAUGCUGUGGAGAAAAGUUGUAGACAAAAAUGUUACAAAGCUUUUGGAAUUUUUCAAUUUCAGAUUGACUGUAAAUUAAUUUUUUAUAGGGUGCCUAUUAAAGCUAACUUGAAUUUUCA